AUCAUCCUAUCAUUCGUUUUCUUUCUUGGGAAGGAGAAUGAACACACGGUGUUGGAAUUAUUGUAGCUUGUAAUAAGAUUUGAAAACCCCAAACUACCCUUUGAGAGAGUUUUUGAAAUUGUUUGGUUGAUGCCUAAUGUUUUCUAACGUUUAUGUAUCUUAGGCAUAACAACAAACACUUGGUGUGCAUCUUGAUGCCUAAUGAUUUCUAACGUUUCUGUAUCUCAGGCAUAACAACAAACACUUGGUGUGCAUCUCACAGUGCAUAUAACAAAUCAGAGAGUUCAGAUUCAGAUCCAACCAUGGAGGGCCAAGAGAACAAACCUGGUGAUUCAUGGUCAGAUACAGAGAGCACAGGAAGCUCCAAACGAGUUGCCUUCAGCGGACCAUUGACAGGACCUUCUGUUGCCUACAAAAGAACCAGUAGCUACAGCAGCAGCACAAGAAGCACUAUGAGAAUCAAAGACGACGAUCAGUACGUCGAGAUUACCUUAGAUGUUCGCGAUGAUACAGUCUCCGUUCAGAACAUCAAAGGCGGAGAUUCGGAGACGGCAAUGUUAGCGAGCCGACUCGAGACCAAGCGCCCUACGCUAGGCUCUCAAUUGUCUUUCAAAUUGAAGCAAGUAUCGCAGGAACUGAAACGGAUGACUUCCUCAAAAAGCUUCAAUAGAAUCGACAGAACUAAAUCCGGUGCAAGCCGUGCCCUAAAUGGCCUUCGAUUCAUGACCAAAUCCGUCGGAAGUGAAGCCUGGUCAGAGAUUGAUAAUCGAUUUAACGAACUCGCCAUUAAUGGAGAGCUUCCGAAGUCAUUGUUCGCAAGAUGCAUAGGAAUGGAGUCAAGCGAGUUCGCGGGCGAGUUGUUCGACGCGUUGGCUAGAAGACGAGGCAUAACUUCAACUUCCAUAACCAAAGGGGAACUGCGUGAAUUCUGGGAGCAGAUAAUCGAUGAAAGCUUCGAUGCUAGGCUUCAAAUCUUCUUCGAUAUGGUGGACAAGAAUGCCGAUGGUCGCAUUACUGGAAAAGAAGUCAAAGAGAUAAUUGCAUUAAGUGCUUCAGCUAAUAAAUUAUCAAAAAUCCAAGAGGAUGCUGAAGAAUAUGCUGCUUUAAUCAUGGAAGAGUUGGACCCUGACAACCUUGGAUAUAUUGAGCUAUAUAACUUAGAGAUGCUACUACUACAAGCUCCAAACCAAGCAUCAGCGCCCAACCGCGUGACAGACAGCCGCGUGCUGAGCCAACUACUAAGCCAAAAGCUCGUCCCCACAAAGGAACACAACCCCAUCAAGCGCGCAUAUCGCUCUCUCCGCUACUUCGUCGAGGACAAUUGGAAGCGCAUUUGGGUCAUCUCUCUAUGGCUUGCCAUUUGCGCUGCUCUCUUUGCUUGGAAGUUCAUCCAGUACCGCCAACGAGCCGUCUUCCAUAUCAUGGGCUAUUGUGUCACCACCGCCAAAGGUGCCGCUGAAACCCUUAAGUUCAACAUGGCCAUCAUCCUUCUCCCUGUUUGUAGGAAUACUAUCACUUGGCUUCGGAGUAAGACCAAGCUUGGUGGAGUUGUCCCUUUUGAUGACAAUGUCAACUUCCAUAAGGUAAUUGCUGUUGGGAUAGCCAUUGGAGUCGUUUUACAUGCUGGAGCGCAUCUUACCUGUGACUUUCCAAAGCUACUCCAUGCAACCGAUGCCGAAUACGAACCAAUGAAGCCAUUUUUUGGGGAAGUGCGGCCGAAUAACUACUGGUGGUUUGUGAAGGGGACGGAAGGGUGGACCGGGGUUGUGAUGGUGGUGCUAAUGAUCAUAGCAUUCACCUUGGCUCAACCAUGGUUCCGCCGCAACCGCCUGAACCUCCCAAAAACCAUCAAGAGACUCACAGGCUUCAAUGCCUUUUGGUACUCUCACCAUCUCUUUGUCAUUGUCUAUGUCCUCUUCAUCAUCCAUGGAUACUACCUUUACCUCUCCAAGGAAUGGUACAAAAAGACGACAUGGAUGUAUCUAGCUGUUCCUGUUUUGCUCUACGCGUGCGAAAGAUUGAUUCGUGCAUUUCGAUCGGGCUACAAAACAGUGAGGAUUCUAAAGGUUGCUGUGUAUCCUGGAAAUGUUCUGGCAUUGCAAAUGUCAAAGCCUCAAGGAUUCAAGUACACAAGUGGACAGUACAUAUAUGUGAACUGUUCUGCUAUUUCUCCCUUCCAAUGGCAUCCAUUUUCGAUUACAUCUGCUCCAGGGGAUGAUUACUUGAGCAUUCACAUUCGCACUGCGGGAGACUGGACUUUGCAGCUCAAGAACAUUUUCUCCAAGAUAUGUCAGCCUCCAUCUGUUGAUCAAAGUGGUCUUUUAAGAGCUGACAUGCGCCAAAGCAACAACAAAAUCAGGUUGCCAAGGCUGUUGAUAGACGGACCAUAUGGAGCUCCAGCUCAAGACUACAAACAAUAUGAUGUUCUUCUUCUUGUGGGGCUCGGGAUCGGUGCCACCCCGCUGAUCAGCAUUGUCAAGGAUGUACUCAAUAACAUCAAGGAGCAGAAAGACAUUGAAAAUGGCGUUGCCGAUAAGAACUCCAAGCCCUUUGUCACCAAACGAGCUUACUUCUACUGGGUCACCAGAGAGCAGGGCUCAUUCGAAUGGUUUAGAGGUGUCAUGGAUGAAGUUGCUGAGAACGACCGAGACAGAGUGAUUGAACUGCACAACUACUGCACCAGCGUUUACGAAGAGGGUGAUGCUCGGUCUGCCCUCAUUACCAUGCUCCAAGAUCUCAACCAUGCCAAGAAUGGUGUCGAUAUCGUGUCGGGAACAAGGGUGAAGACUCAUUUUGCUAGACCCAACUGGCGCAAUGUCUUGAAGCAUGUUGCUGUUAAUCAUCCAGAUCAACGAGUUGGAGUGUUUUACUGUGGAGCACAAGGAUUGGUUGGAGAGCUAAGGAGACUGUCCCAAGACUUUUCUCGGAAAACAACCACCAAAUUUGAUUUCCACAAGGAGAAUUUUUAGAGUAUAAUUAAAUUGGAUUUUUUUUUUUGUUUUUUUUUUUUUAAUUUAGAAAUUUUUAAGAAAUUGUAUUAUAGUGUAAUUCUCUUGUUGUUGGGCAUAUAUUUAUACAUGUUUGCUUAGUAGCUUUACUAAAAGAUUUAAAAAUAUUAGUAUUACAGGAAGCUGUAUUGAAUAUUU